GAAAUAUUGAAAAGAUUGAGAAUAAUUGUGGUGCUUUUUGCAAAAUUGUGCAAUAACAACUAAGUAGAAAAUUCUCUCACGGACUUAUCGAUCAUUCGAUCGAAAGUGAUAUUCUGUGGUUUCUUAAGUUCCUGGAAAAUCCCAGAAUUUAAAUUGUCAUUCAAGUACACUCUCUUUUUUUUCAUCAGGAUUCCCUGUAGCGGAGGCAGACAAUAGGAUGAGGAAAUACCAAUGUGGUCAAAAAUAGAUGUUUUUGGUGGAUGUUAGGCGGCAAUUCUAUGCUUUCCAUUUGCUAAGCAUGGAAUUUGUUUAUGUGAUCUCUCUUGAAAAUUUAUGUUCACCUAUGUAGUUGUAUUUCAUGGAAUUGAACGUAAGCAGAUGGGGUUUUCUGAGAUGGUAUUUGUUGGCUGGGUAGAGUGAGAUGGUGAAUCCUCCAACACAUUGGAAGAAUAUUGAGAAUUUGGUCUUUUGUUUAAAUGGGUUAAUUUUUGGGAAUAGGUGAGGCCGGAGUUGGGUGGUUUGGUAAUCUUGAUGGAGGGCGCGAUUUCCAAAAAUUGUGCAAAAAAUUGCGCAAAAAUUUGUUCUAGGUAGAGAUAGGUAAUAUCUCCAGGGAGAUUUAGUGUCUUGUACUAUUACACAUACUGAGGGAAUUUUCCACGAGCCAAAAAGUGCUCAAGUAGUAUAAAUGAGACGGCGAAUGUGAAGUUAGUGUAGUUAGUGGAGUUUCGGCUCCAGCCGCGAAGAACGAAGUUCCAGUGACUCAACAGGUGUGAUUCGAAGAGGUAGUGCCUUUAACCGUCUCCGGAGUGAACAAUUGCCAUCAAAGUGAAAAGUGGUGCAAGAGUGUGGAGUGGAAUAAAUUGACAAUACGCGUCCCAUUUCGCUGCAGCCGCAACACAAAAGAGCCCUUUGUUUCUCAAGGGGGGGCUUUAAAUCGUACACUGAACUUGUCGUCAAGUGAAUUCACACUGAUAAUUGGAUAUUUUUGCCAACAAGGGUAAAAUGGGGCGCCAAAUAUGGCUGCUGGUGUUCUUCGUGACUGUUGCAGUCACGAAUGGCCUGGCGGUGAAAACGACUGAGGCCACAAAAGCCGUUGAUACAGAGGAGAUACCUACCUUCACGCGAGAUCCCAAGAUUCCCCUAGCCAAUGAUCCCAUGUUCAAUAAAAUGCUACCCUCACCAGUUCCAGUUGUCAGCGAAAACCCAGAGACGCUGGUAACGGAGAGGAAAGAGGAGCCAUCUUCAUCAACUGUUGCUGCUGUUCCAGUUGCAAAGAAGGACGAAUCCGACUUAAAGGACGUCAGCGAAACUGCUGAUGAUAUCGAAGAUGACGACGAUUGGGAGGACUACGACGAUGAGUACGACUACGACGAGUCCAGUGAAGAUGACUACUGGAAUUCUCAAGAGAAACCAUCCAGCACCCAGAGGACAGAUAAAUUCAAACUGACUCCCAUUAAGGGAGACGACAAUGCCAAGAAUACCAUUGAGAAUGAUGAUAGCUACGAAUAUGACGACGAAAUAGAUGACAUCAAGAUUCCUUGCCCAAGAGACUGUGUCUGCGAGAAGAAUAUGAAUAGCUACAUUGUGGCCACUUGCAGUCGCCUGGACAGUGAAAUCCAGAAAUUCAGCUCAGAUAUUACUGAUCUCCAAGUGAUUGAUGUAGGUCCCAAGUACCCCAUCAUCCUGGGAGAGGAGUUCUUCCUGAAGGUUGGGCUAAAGCAGCUGGUGUCCAUCAAGAUCUCCAACUGCACUAUUGGCUUCAUCGCACCAUCAGCUUUCAAAGGACUCACAGAUCUCUAUUCAGUUAACUUCACCAACACCAACUUGAACCUAAUCCACCCUGAUACCUUUGCCAACAACACCAAGAUGCGUCUCCUCACCUUGGCUGGAAACGACCUGAGCGCCAUGCAAGAGAAACCCUCACCCUACACCAACUACAUGCUAAAGUCUUCUUCAAUUGAGGAGCUUGACCUAUCCCGUUGCAACUUGAAGAGCCUUCUCCCAACGGCCUUCAAUGAGCUCAAUAACAUCGUCUUCAUCAACCUGGCUGAGAACCGUUUGACGACCCUUCCUGCAAAUCUGUUCGAAAAAGUAGAAACCAUCGAGGAGUUGGACCUUUCCUUCAACGCCAUCGCUGAUCUCCCCAAGAAGAUUUUCACGAAAACUGCCCUGGCCAUGCUUCAUCUCAAGUACAACGAGAUUUCAACUUCAGUAGACUUUGUCACCAGUGAUCUGCAGAAGCUUGACUUGAGCUACUGCAAAAUCCGCACAAUCAACGCUCACAUGUUCAAAGGAUUAGAAGGACUCAACAGUCUCAUCCUUAAGGGCAACGGAAUCCGCAAGAUCAACCAAGCGGCUUUCAUGUCCCUGAAGAACCUCCGACACAUUGACCUGUCCUUCAACGAUCUCGAACAAGUCCCUGCUCUCAUGUUCGCCACAAAUACACAAUUGGACUUUGUUAAACUCAGCGACAAUCCUCGUCUUAAGAAAUUGCCCCUGGAUGGCUUUGAGUCCGUUACAGGAAGCUUCAACAUCUACCACUUGGACGUGUCCAAUUGUGAUAUCAACGAACUGGGCAUCAAUACCUUCUCAACAAUGCCUGAACUUACCAGAGUCAAUCUUGCAUGGAAUAAUCUGGUCAAUAUUGAUCCUGGAGUCUUCAGCUACCUCAAUAAACUCAAGGAUCUCGAUCUAAGCAAUAAUCUGCUGGAAAACCUCGAUGACAAUGUCUUCCUGCACAAUCGACAAAUGACAAAGCUAAUCCUCGCUGGAAACACUUUCGAGAAGAUCUCUGCUAAAGUAUUCUCACCCCUUGACAACCUCAUUGAACUGGACAUUAGUGACUGUGACCUGAGAACGCUUUGGAGCGAUAACACUCUCAGGGGCAAGGGUACUAAAAUUCUCAAGCGUCUGCGAUACUUCAAUGUGUCCAACAACGAAAUCACAACAAUCCGACGCACCGAGGUUGAGUUCCUGAGUGGACUCCGCGUCCUGGAUAUCGAUAACAAUCCUCUGAACUGCAAUGCUGACUUCAUGACCUUGAUUACCUGGUUGACUAAGCGAAACGUAAAGGCUGGUGAUGCCAGUCUCGAACAAGGACGAAGUGCCAAGUUGGAACUCCUCCUGAACUAUCCAAAGAGCGAAAAUCACGAAACAUGGCAGAAGAUUGUCUACAAAGCCUGCAAGAGAACCAAUUAUCAACCCGAGGUGCCUGAAGUUCAAUCCACAACAACGCCCAAGAUGAAGGAAGUUGAGAUGAAGCCGAAGAAAGAGAAGCCAGUGGACUCAACCAAGAUCAAGGACUCCGAGAGUUUAGAUGACGAUGAUGAUUACUACGAUAGUGAAUACGAGGAUGAUGAUAUCGAUGAAAAUGCCGAGAUGAUCGACAAUGACAAAGACGUUAAGGAGAAGGACCUCUUUGUCAAAGAACUGGAUAUUAUCCAGAAGAUGCAGGGUGAGUUAUUCGGAAAAGAAAGCGAUUCGGACGAGGAAUACGACGAAGAAGAUGAAGAUGAUGAAGAUGGAUCUGCUCCAACUGUAGUGUCACGCCUCAUGAUCAUCUGGCCGAUACUUAUUGUAGUCCUGAGCGCCCUGCUAAUGCUCAUGGUGAUCGGAAAGUUGGUCUCGAUGCUGAUGAGAAAACGUGGUGAGAGAUACCGUCAGGCUCUGUUGGCCUCCAAGAAUUCAAUCGUCUACCAAAAACUGUCCGAAGACAUAAACCGAGGUCCCCCAACACCUAAAGUCAAUCGAUACCAGCCCAUCAAUCAAGUUCAAGUUUAACACCCUGACAAAUGGGUUUGAAGAGUUUUCCCCUUUUUUUGUAACAUCAUCACAAAGCUAGGAUUGAUGGCAGCUUCCCAAAAUAAAAAGACCCUUACCCCCCUACUAUCCCUAUCCCUACCCUAACGAAUUGUGUAAAUGAAUAGAAUUUACAUGUUCCCUUGAUUGGCCUAAGGGAACAUAGUUCUUGAAUGCAGCUUAAUAAUACACAUUUUUAUUUUAUUUUAUUAUUCCCUUAUUAUCUAUACCCGUAGUGUCUGAAACAUUUGAUAGUAUUUAGUGUUAUAACAAUGUAAUUUCUUGGAUAGAAUGAAUGAGAAUUUGGGCUAGAGGCAUCAAAAUUACCCCUUUUCCUACAUAACACUCCAACCACCACUUAAUGUGCCAUUCCAAGAUCUAUUUUUUUUUAAAUAAAAUGAUACAGAGGAAAAGUAAGAGUUCUUUAAGAGAAAUAAAGUAUAUUUGAGAAAGCUUAUUGCUGUCCUUCAUGAAAAUUCCAAGAGGUUGGAGUAUUCUAAAAAGAAAUUUCAAACAUUUAUGUUGGAAACAGAAACCCCCUUUAAACUUAUACUGAAUUGAGAAUAUUUAGAACUAGUCUAAAAGUAUUUAAAUAUUUUUGGGUUUUGUAUCGUCUUCGAGUGGAUUUCUUGAAGAAAUAAAACGUAUUACUUAAAAGAA